UAUAGGCAUCGAUCAUGUAUCCCUGGAACAGAGCAAGUAACAUCUCCCAGGCCACAGUUGUUUAAGCCACUCUAGCUUGCAUAUCAUAGGAAGGAAGUGCAGGCUAGAAGAUCUUCGGUUGCCAUGGCUUCCUUCAAGCUGACGCACGUGUGUUUCAUAGUUGUGAUGUUCUCUGCUUUGUUCUCCUGUUGCAGAGGGCAGGGAGGAGGUGGAGGUGGUGGUGCUGGAGCAGCAACAGCAGGAGGAGGAGGAGGGUCGGGCAUUGGUGCAGUGGUACCAGGGACGCAGGAUUCAGUCCAGAUUGUGGCACAAGCUGCUCUCUGCUUCGACAACAGACCAGUUCUCACCGGGUGUCUGCAGGCGAUGGGCAUCAACUCCAGCGGCACCGGCGCGGGCAUGCCGCCGCCUGCUCCCGGCAGCGCCGCGUCGACGGCGAUCAUGUGCAGCCCGCCGUGCUUCGGCCACGUGAGCAUGAUGAUGAGCUGCGUCAACGCCAUCUUCGGCAACUUCGUGAGCUACAACCCCGGCCUCAUGCAGGGCGUCCAGGCCGUCUUCCAGAUGUCCUGCGGCAACGUCAAUGGCCCAGGAGGAGCAGGAGCCGGAGCCGGCGGUGCUCCCGGAGGAGGUGCUGCUGGUGGAGCUGGAGGCGGGCCUGCUGGUAACGCUGCUGGUGCCGGCGGUGCUGGUGCCAGUGGUGGGGUUGGAGGCGGGGCUCCCGGUGGUAUUCCUAACGGCAUCGGCGGGCCCGGUGGUAUUCCUAACAGCAUCGGCGGUGCCGCCGGCGGAGGCAGUGGUGCGGCCGGUGCUAGUGGCACUACCAACAUCAUUGGCGGGGCUGCCGGCGGAGGUGCUGGUGCCGGUGCAGGUGGAGCUAGUAGCGGGGGCGUAGGCGGCAAUGACACUACCAACGGCGGCGCUGCCAUUGGUACUGUGGGCAGCAGCAACAUCACCAGUGUUUCACCCAAUGCAGGCUCGCACGUGGCGGUCAGCAACCAGAGUCGGCCGACCAGCAGCGCGGACGGGCCCACUCUCAGCCUCAAGGCCGCCUGCUCCUCCGCGCUGGUGAUAUGGGCUGGCGCGUCGCUGAUGCUCUUCUAGGUUUGACGGAAACGGCGACGAGCACGUUGCGGCGGGCUGUAAUAUGGUUUCUUUUCCGGAUGACAUACUACUAGCGUUGAUUUUACCACCAUCGGCGAGCGAACGAGCCUGGAUCUCGUAUGUAACCGCAACACGUGAUUCCUUCGCCUCGAUGAAUCAUGCAUGCCUAUGCACGUAUAUGUUUUCAGCCUCCUGAUGCGGAUGGUCUGGGUGUGUUUGAUCAUUCCUAUAAAUUGGAUCGGUUUUGUCCAAAAUGAUCCAAUCGAGUGGCACCUCGAUCGUAAUAUUUGUCGGUACUUCGUUACUCAA